UCGAGUAAGUUCUCCAACUCUCCAUUACACACUUCCCCACCCAUCCACCAAGGCGCAGACAGGGGAGAAGAAGAAGGAAGAAGCGGAGGAGGAAGAUGCCUUGCCUGAACGUGUCGACGAACGUGAACCUGGAGGGGGUGGACACCUCCGCCGUCCUCGCCGACGCCUCCAGCACCGUCGCAACCAUCAUCGGCAAGCCGGAGGCCUAUGUUAUGGUUGUUCUCAAGGGUUCAGUGCCCAUGGCAUUUGGAGGUACCCAGGAGCCUGCAGCCUACGGCGAGCUGGUUUCCAUCGGAGGGCUGAACGCUGAUGUGAACAAGAAGCUGAGUGCCGGCAUUGCUUCCAUCCUGGAGUCAAAGCUGUCCAUCCCCAAGUCCCGCUUCUACCUCAAGUUCCACGAUUCAAAGCGCUCAGACUUUGGAUGGAAUGGAUCCACCUUUUAGACGCAUCAUAUGGCAUGGAGCCUUGCAUGAACUCCAGAGUUCCUAAUAUUCUGUCCAUUGCCUAUUUAAGGAGAAACUGCUGCAGUAAGACAUCGUGUCAGUUUAAUGGCCAGUGUUUAUGAGUACCGGAGUACUUGUGUGAUCUAGUUGGUUUGGUUUGGGACUUGCCAUGGCAAGGGAUCGUCGCAACUGUUCGGUUUGACUCGAUUCGUAAUCAUGAAGCCUUUUGGUGUCCUCUGUGUU